CAUCCCGUCCAAUUUUACUUUUAAAAUCUCCCGAUCAACACUGAUUCCCCAAAUACAAGUAAAGAAUCAUUUUCAAAAUCAAAAGGCAAAACUAUCAAAUCUCCACUACAAAUACAAUCUUCAAGAAAAGAAGAAAAGGAAAUGGCGCUAACGACGAGGCAGCGGCGUCCGUUGCCGACGGAUAUGCACACGACAUCUUCCACGCCGUACACGAAGCUGGACAAGCCGGAAAAAUCUGGCCCCGAUGGCGAGGAGAAGGGAUUACGAUGGUUCCUGCCACUGGUGGCACUGGGGAUGUUGAGGUACAUGAGCGCCACAUCGAACAUCAUACACGACUGCGAUGAGGUUUUCAAUUACUGGGAGCCCCUCCAUUUCCUUCUCUACAAGACCGGCUUCCAGACCUGGGAAUACAGCUCGCAGUUUGCAUUACGAUCAUAUUUGUAUAUUCUUCUCCAUAAAUUGGCUGGUGGGCCUGCUUCCUGGUGGUUUUAUGAAGAAAAAGUGAAAGUCUUCUAUGCGGUGCGAAUUUUUCUUGGCUUUCUCUCUGUCAUGGCAGAUUCUGCCCUAGUUGUAGCAGUAUCUAGGACGUAUGGAAAACGUCUUGCUGCAUAUACACUUGCAAUGCUAUGCUUAGCAAGUGGCUGUUUCUUCUCUAGCACUAGUAAGUAUGUCUUUUUAAUUAAUUGUUACCUAAUAUGUGCUCUUCUUAUUUAUAAUUCAUUGACAGGGGCUAAGUUGGAGCAACUCAAAAAAAUAUUAAGAAUGCAUGAGUAA